AUGAGAUUUUGCUGCAUACAGCUCUCAAAGUGUAACCACUUUCAAUAUACACUGCAUAAACCUAACAAGAAACAUGAAAUAAAUUAUGUAUAUACCCACAUACAAACACAUAUGUGGCCGAGAAAGAUGACAUGUUGUAAGCAGAGGGUUAGCUGUGUUUGAAAAGCCAUUAAUAAGCACUUUGCAAAAGUUAUUAGAAAAAUCUAAGCCCAGUGCCAUCUUGAAGAUGUUAAUCCUAUUUUAACAAAGACAGAUGUUCUUUUUCAGUUUUCUGAAGAAUUAAACCUGCUUGAAAUGUGGUGUUUGAUGACGAACAACUGCCCAGAGCACUUUUGGGCAAUCUCAUAUCCUUCUCUGCUUCUUCAUUCCACUGGAAUUGCUGGCACUGCUUACGUUUGCCAAUUUCAUCCAGGUAAAAAUUGACAGUUGAAGGAAAUUCCUUAAUUGCUUUUUUGUGGUCAAGCCAGUCAGGUCUUCCAGCUCUCGUAUCAGACGAGCGUCAUAAAGUUCUGCUGCCAGAGUUGGUGACAUCUGUUCCAGCAUUCAGGAGUUGAGCCAACAGCUGAGAGCUGAUUCCUAUUCUGUUCUCCCUGGGAACCAACAUCAGCUUUCCAAGCUCUGGAAUAAAGUGUUUGACAGGCAAAUUUCUCUAACACUGGGAGGCUGGUGUUUGAGGGGUGCUAUGCGGACACGUGAUGCUUUGGGGGUGCUGUUCCUCAUCCUCCAAGGGAUGGUCGAGGCCAGAGCAAGCAGACCCUGUAGUCCUAAAUUCCUCAGCUCACAUGCAAUAGUGUGUGUUUGCAACGCAACGUAUUGCGACACGGUGGAGCCGGUCUCCCUCCCUGACGUCGGCAACUUUGUCAAGUACACAACCAGCAGGGACGGCCAACGCUUGGAGCGAAGCCAAGGGCAAAUCAAUGCCAGGCCAGGAGCUUCAGUUGGGAUCCUCUACGCCUACAAUCCCUCCGUUCAGUACCAAUACAUCAAAGGUUUUGGAGGAGCGCUCACCGACUCUGCGGCCAUUAACAUCCUGAAUUUGUCUUAUGCAGCCCAAAACCAGCUGCUCCGAUCUUACUUCUCCGAAGAAGGACUUGAGUACAAUUUGAUACGUUUUCCCAUCGGGUGCUCCGACUUUUCCACGCGGCCGUACAGUUACGCUGACCGCUGCGUGGAUGACUUUGAACUCAAGUGUUUUGAGCUGGCCCCCGAAGACACCAAAAUUAGGAUCCCCUUGCUCCAUCGUAUCAUGGCCCACGCCGAGAGACCCCUCUCCCUGGUCAGCAGCCCUUGGACCAGUCCUGGUUGGCUAAGGGUCAACAACAAGGUUCAAGGCAUAUCCAGGAUAAAGGGAAAACCCGGUGACCGCUACCAUAAGACCUUGGCCAACUACUUUAUCAGGUUCCUGGAUGAGUAUGCAAAAAAUAAUAUUACUUUCUGGGCGUUAAGCUCUCAGAAUGAACCAAUCAAUUUCAUUUUCAUACCUCUGGAAGACUUUCCAGCCAAUAUUUUCUUACCCCAACAUCAACGCGACUUUAUCAUUGAGGACUUGGGCCCCGCCCUCACCGCCAGCCGCCAUGCUGAUGUUCACCUCAUCAUCCUUGAUGACCAGAGGAUUAACUUGCCAUACUGGGCCAAGCAGGUGUUAGGCAAUAGUACCGCCGCUGCCUUCGUGUCCGGAAUUGGCAUCCAUUGGUACGUAGACGUCAUCACCCCACCUGGACCCACUUUAGACGUUACACAUCGUCUCUACCCCGAUUUCUUUCUGCUCUACACGGAAGCUUGCAAUGGUUUUCUGCCUUCGAAUGUAAAGGUUGUCCUGGGAAACUGGGAGAGAGGCACCUAUUACAGCAGAAAUAUCCUGACGAAUCUCAACCACUUCGUCACUGGGUGGAUUGACUGGAACUUGGCUCUGGACAUGGAAGGGGGUCCCAACUGGGUGGACAACCUUGUGGACAGUCCCAUCAUUGUGAACCCCCUUAAGGAUGAGUUCUACAAACAGCCCAUGUUCUAUCACCUGGGACAUUUCAGCAAAUUCAUCCCUGAAGGCUCCGUGCGAGUUGGAUUCACCUCCAGGUGCUUGUUUGACAGCUGUCAUUUGAAGACCUCGGCUUUCCUGCGGCCCGAUGGCAUUGGGGUGGUGGUGGUGCUGAACGACUGGUUUUUCGAUAUUCCUUUUACCAUCUGGGACGAUCAGGUGGGUUACCUUAAGGACAAGGCGGGAGCAUACUCCAUCCAAACCUACCUGUGGAGGAGGCACCCUUGAGGUCCUGAGACGGAGAAGGAAAUCCACUUCUCGCUCAGGAAUGGCAACUUUCCGAGAAGAGUCCACAGCAGCUAAACCAGUGGAACCUCAGGAGACAUCAGACUUGGCUGAUACAACACAGACACAAUCACAACAGCUGGAGCAGCCUAAUGAUGAUGCUCAGCCUCCAAACACUUGGAUGGUAGAGUGGAGAGCAGAGCGACAAUGCUCAGUGGGGCUCCUUGCCAAGCAAGGGAAUAGCUUUCUUAGUUAAAGAUAGCUGGUUAAAUAUGAUUUAACCCUAUUCCACUUCUGGUCUCCUGUUCUAGCAUGUCAUUCGUGUGUUUCCGCUUGUGAAAUUCUGACCUUUGGACUGUCUGACGAAUCUGACUUGGCUCUCUGAACUUUGGACUGGAUUUUGACUACUCUUCUGCGCACUCCUGUUGAAAGCGAAUUUCCUUUGGCAAGCUUUAACGUGUUGGCUGCUAUUUCUUCCCUAGUCUGCUGCUAUCUGCUCAACCUUAAGUAAAUGCCUUCCCUGACCUA